AUGGCGGCCUUCCUUCAAAAUGUUAUCUUAGGCAGAAAAAGAAAGGCCCAAAACGACUUACAAUGUUUCAGACAACAGUCAAAAGCCCGUAGACUUCUAACGAUGGAAGAUGAAAUGGAUUUGGUAAUAUACUAGGUGCAUUUAUUUGUGGUUGCACAAAAGAACGAAGACCUAAAGGACAGAGUGAGCAAAGGUCUUCUCACUGGUGGAGAAAUGGUUUUGAAAACUGGACGGAUAAGCAGUUCAAAAAAAGAUUUAGGGUUAAUCGAAACACGUUCAACUAUUUACUACAAGAAUUGCAAGAGUCUAUUAAAAGGGAGACGACCCGGUUUAAGGUGCCAGUUGCUCCAGAAAUUCAACUAGCACUCACACUUUAUCGAUUAGCUCAUGGUUGUUCAUUCUCAACAGUUGGCGAUUUGUUUGGGAUUGCUACCUCAACAGCGUGUAAAACCUUCAAUGAAGUUAUUCGAGUUAUAGUUCUGAUCUUUUUUGAUGAGUAUGUGACCCUACCAUCAACUGAGGAAGAAUGGAAAAAUGAGUUGAAGGCUUUUCUCAAGGAUUGGGGUUUUCCCUGCGUGGCUGCUUGGGACGGAUUUCAUGUGUAUAUAUGCAGUAAUCUUAAGAAUUUCUACAGUUUCAAGAAACGAUACUCAGUAACAAAUAUGGGAUUGAUUGCAGCUAACAAAAGGUUUCUUUGGGCAGGUGUGGGAGCCCCAGGUUCUAUGCACGACUCCACGCUUUUGAAAUCUUCUCCGAUUUUCAACGAAAUUGAAUCUGGGCAUGUACUACCUAAUUGUGAGAUGAAUUUACCAGGUUGCGGAAAUAUUCCACUUGGAACGGUAGGAGACAGUGCUUUUCCAGCACGCUCAUGGUUGAUGAAAGCUUUUGAUGAUACCACAAAAAACGAAAAGAACGAAAUUUUAACAAACAUUUAA